AUAACUUUAGACUUGCAGAGUAUAUUUAAGCCUGUUAACCAAGUGUCUUUUUUAGUCAGUAAUUUCUUCCAGCAAGAAGUUGGUUAAAUGGUCAUCUUUGACUAAAGAAAACCCGGCUCCUCUGGAUUGAACAGCAGCUGCGCACGGUAGCAGUUCUGGGAUGUGUCCCAGUUUGGAGCACCGCCUUCAAACAGUACACUCAGCUGCACAGAUAAACUAGUGCCUGUCAGACUGACUGAGGAGGACGCAUUUCUCACAGCAAACCUUGUUACAGCUGGAGGGACGAGACGUUUAGAUUUAGAUAUGAGCAGACUGGGCAUGAUGGUGCGGGCCAAGCUGGGGGUGUAGCCACAUCUGGCAGAGCGCUGAAGUGAGCAGGAGCCUCAGUACACCGAUCAUCUGCUGCAGUAGAGAAGAUGGGAGAGACGGAGGAGGAGAGGGACAAUGUGGGGAAGCUUUUCGAGAACUUCAUCCAGGCCUCGACCUGUAAAGGAACUCUUCAAACCUUCGGUAUCCUCUGCAGACGCCUGGACCUCGACCCUGCAGACCACAACACAUUCUACAGCAGUCUCAAGGCGAAGGUCACCUACUGGAAAGCCAAAGCACUGUGGAGCAAGCUAGACAAGAGGAUGUGUCAUAAGGAGUAUAGGAAAGGCCAAGCCUGUGUUGGCACCAAGUGCCUCAUCAUCGGAGGAGGUCCCUGCGGCCUGCGGACUGCCAUUGAACUUGCCUUGAUGGGGGCCAAAGUGGUGGUGAUUGAGAAGAGGGACUCUUUUUCGAGAAACAAUGUGCUCCAUCUUUGGCCCUAUACCAUCCAUGAUUUGCGAGGUCUUGGAGCCAAAAAGUUCUAUGGAAAAUUUUGUGCUGGCGCCAUAGAUCAUAUCAGCAUUCAGCAACUGCAGCUGAUCCUCUUGAAAGUUGCCUUGAUUGUUGCAGUGGAUUUUCACAUCAAUGUUGAGUUUGUCAAGCUGCUGGAACCUCCAGAGGAUCAGGAAAAUGAAGGGAUUGGGUGGAAAGCUGCAAUCCGACCUGCUGAUCACCCUGUGGCUAACUUUGAGUUCGAUGUCGUGGUGGGGGCCGAUGGGCGCAGGAAUACUCUGGAAGGUUUCAAAAGGAAGGAGUUCAGAGGUAAACUGGCUAUUGCCAUCACGGCCAACUUCAUCAACAGGAACUCCACUGCAGAGGCCAAAGUAGAGGAGAUCAGUGGAGUGGCCUUCAUCUUUAACCAGAAGUUCUUUCUUGACUUGAAGGAGGAGACAGGUAUUGAUCUGGAGAACAUUGUGUACUACAAGGACAACACACAUUACUUUGUCAUGACUGCUAAAAAACAAAGCCUGCUGGACAAAGGAGUUGUCAUUAAUGAUUACGCUGACACUCAGAUGCUGCUGAGCAGUGAAAACGUUAACCAGGAAGCUCUUCUGAGCUACGCCCAAGAGGCUGCUGACUAUGGCACCAACUACCAGCUUCCCAUGCUUGAGUUUGCCAUGAACCACUGCGGGCAGCCAGAUGUAGCAAUGUUUGACUUCACAAGCAUGCAUGCCUCUGACAACGCUGCUCUGGUCAGGGAGAGAUUUGGACACCAGCUGCUGGUGGCGCUGGUUGGCGACAGUCUGCUAGAGCCCUUCUGGCCAAUGGGAACAGGUUGUGCUAGAGGUUUCUUGGCUGCUUUUGAUACAGCCUGGAUGGUAAAGAGCUGGGCUGAGGGUCGGACAGUCCUGGAAGUGCUGGCGGAAAGGGAGAGUAUUUACAGACUACUACCACAAACAACUCCUGAAAACAUUGCUAAAAACUUUGAACAAUACACUAUAGAUCCAGGAACCCGAUAUCCUAACCUUAAUUCCGCUUGUGUCAGGCCUCAUCAGGUGCGUCACCUGUACGUUACUGGAGAGCUUAAUUCCUGCUCUCUGGAGCGUGCUGCUACAAUACGGCGACCAGUCAAUCUCAGCAGACAAGAGUAUGUGAUCAGACCAUCAAGGCUUCUUACAUGGUGCCAGAAACAGACGGAGGGCUACAAGAAUGUGUCAAUCACCGACUUGGCAUCAUCUUGGAGAAGCGGCAUUACCCUCUGUGCUCUCAUCCACAGGUUCAAACCACAGCUGAUAGAUUUUGACUCACUGAAUGAGGAGGAUCACGCUGCGAACCUGCAGCUGGCUUUUGACAUCAGCGAACGGGAAUUUGGGAUUCGACCUUUCGCAUCUGUGAAGGAGCUAAGUGACAACCAGGAGCUUGAUAAAACAAGCAUAAUAACUUACUUAUCCAAGUUCUAUGAGCUUUUUCGUGGAACACCUCUACCUGCGUCAGGUAUGCUUGUUGCUGCAGAACCCAGAAGAGUGGAUGAAAACAAUAAAGAUUAUCCCUCCAAGGAAGUCAGAAAUAAUAAUAAUGUGCUCAACCUCGCACUGCCCAGGAAACGAGUGCCAAAGGAUGAGAAGAAGUCAGACGGUACAGACCCAUUUUACAAAAGAAGGCGAAAGUUCUGCUAUUUGGAGGCCACCAAUCUGUCCAGUAACGGCGCCUCAGUGCGAGAUGAUCAGGAUCCCAAAGAAAAUAAAGUGCGCUCAAUGGCUACCCAGCUGCAGGCCAAGUUUGAAAAUAAAACUAGCUACACCAUUCGCAAAACGCAGUCUGACUGUGAGAGGUCCUUGCUGCUCACUCCUCUUGACCUGACUGAGAGUCUUCCUGUUAAACCCAGCCCUCUGGUACCACCCAAACCUCCUUCAGUGACACAGUUUGAAGUCAGUAUCAGAAAAGCAGCUGAACAGUUAAUCCGCCUUCCUCCAAAGACUCUGCCCAAACCCCAUCUCCGGCCUCAGGACCAGCAUCAUUUUACCUUAGUGAAGCUCAGACAUGUCGAUCAAACAUUUGUUGAAACGAGGCCCCAACCUAAGACUGAGAGUCCAGAACUUCCUGCUUCUCCUUCCUCUCGCCAAUCAGCAAUCCAUUUCAUGACAAGAAUCCUCCAUCGCCUUAGGGAGGUGGACGAGCACAUGUCUGAGAGAAAAGCUCAGACACAACAGGUUAGAGAGUUUCAUACAAAAAGUGUAAAGGAAAAAGCUGUUCACCUUAGGGGAUUGUUCUCAGGAGACAGCUCUGAUGUGUUCAAGAGUGGUUCAGUACAAAGGGUGUUUCCUCAGUCGAGUGACAAAUGUCACUCAUGUGAGAGGCGUGUUUACAUGGUGGAGAGGGUCUGUGCCGAGGGCCUCUACUUCCACAGGGAGUGUUUUCGCUGUUCGACCUGCAGCACUGCUCUUCGACAGGGAGCACAAGUCUUCCACUCUGAAGAAGGGAAACUGUACUGCAAACUUCAUUUUGCUCAACGAAACAACACUGCAAAUGUGCGGAGGAGUUUCUCUCUGCCCUCAAACCAUCACAGAGUUCAGGAGCGACGUGCUGCUGAUGAAGAAAGCUCCCAUUCCAGCGGUACAGCAGACCUGCAGAGUCAACCUGCAGCAGGUACCUGCAGUUCGUUCUUAAGAAAACAGCUCAGCUGGCCCCUGAGUGUGACUCGCGCUGUGUGUAAUGCCCCAUGGUAUCUGUCCCGCCAUGUGCGCAGUGCAGCACAGGCCAUCACCAGUCACCUGAGGGACAACACCCAGGACUACACACUGCUGUAUGAGCUACUGAGCAUGAGUUUACCCCUGCUCUUUGUUUUGCAAGAGGUACUCCUGCAGAUGUACUCUGAGGUUGUGCCUGAUGAGCCGAGCUCAUUACAGCCUGCACUGCUCUGGCUGCAGGAGCAUAUCGGGCACAGGCUCAUCUAGUUUCUCAGCAGACCUCAGCUGUUAAUAUUUAACCCUGAACAUUACUCUAUGAUGCCAUUAAAUCUUAGGAUGAGGUGCACACCACCUGGAAUGUUCUCAUCUUAUUGCCAUUUUAUAAAUGUGUGCAAGCACCUUCUUGAUGUUUACGCAACUUUUACAAUGACACUGUAAGUGGAUUUGCUGGUGUGUUAGAUGUACCAAAGCUUUGUGCAGUUACCUCUAUGCAGUUUAUUUGGGACAGUUUUUUGGGUAGCGGAUGUUCCACUGAAAUGUUUUUCAGUGGGUUUAAUGAGGAAACUGAACAGUAAUGUUAUACUGAGCUAAACUAAUAGGUUAAAAUGAGUUAAAAUGCAAAUAAAAAAAUAGAGCAAAAUCACUGCAUUACAGACUUUAGACUGAUGAGAUGUCUAAUUAUCAUUGUUUUAGGAUUUACAUAUUUUCUCAAACUGUUUCACUAAUAUAGUCCUGUAAUUUUUUUUAUUGUAUUUUCUUUGUCAUGAGGAUAAGACUGACUAACUUGAUGCACUUUAUCUUUGAGAGUGGCCUUGUCAGUGUAGCAGUAACUGUCACAUUUGACAAAAGUCAGGUCUCAUGUUAACAGUCAUCAUUGUGCAAAUUCUUGUUUGACUCACAUCCGUGCUUCUGCUGUAUGUUUAUUUUAUUUAAUUUAAUUUUUUUUUUUUUUUGCAUGCUGAACUGUUUUUAUAGGCAUGUGAGCAUUUUUUUUUUUAUCACUGAUAACACCAAAGAUUCUGUGAUACUGUGGACUAUCCAGAAAACUGUAAAGUAUUUAGCUUUAUUUUGCUGCCAUCUACUGUUUACUGAGAAAAUUACAUGAAAAGUCACCCCAACUCAUGUUUACCAUUGCAAACAACUAUAUUUGUAAUGGCCUUUUUUGCUGUAUCUUGCAUGCUGUGAUAUAUUUGAAUGUAUUUCCAAAGCAUGUUGUAGGAAGAUCAACUGCAAACCUCUUUGACUGGAAGCCACGUGGCUUCUUCCUGUUUAGAUACACAGUCCAACGAUGCUCAAGAAGCACUUUAGAGUUAGUUUAACUUUAAAUAAAGUGUACAAUAUUUUUUAAAGUGUU